AUGCCCGUCCUCCCCUGCAACAACUUCAAGCGUCAAUACCGUAACACCAAGCGGAUUGCCAUCGACUCCAGACCCAUGUACACCCCGCACGGCAUCACCAAGGUGGAAGCGAGAAAGAGCCUUACGCCCGCCAAAAAGGGCAAGUGGCUCAUUGACACCUUUGGUGCGCCUCCUGCGUUCCUCAACAAUGUUGCCGUGCUCAACUCGCGAAAGGUGAACUUGUCGACCCGGAGAAAGCAGUGGAACAAGCCAACCCCGGUGAUUCCGACCCCGGUAAUCCUCACGCCGUUGAACCCCAGAAAGCGGCGUACUGCAGAAGAAGAUGACGACGGCAGUGCCACCUCUCUUCCAAAGAGAGCCCGUGGUAAGUGGGCGAGUUCCCCAGCGAAAGUUAAGAAGCACUUAUUCAUUAAGCACCCGAUGCACCCGCAGCUUGGCGGGCGUCGGACUCCCUGGAGUCUGCCCACCCCCUACACUCCAACGAUGUUGGGCGUUUUGAGCGAGAUCGCUCGGCGGUGGAAGCAGCAGUUUAGUGGGGGCUCUUCUGGUAUGAUCACCAAGAGCACCAUCAACUGGUGGAUUUCCUUGUUCCCCAACUUGGUUCCCAACCCCGCUGGCCGUGACUGGUGGACCGUGUGCUUGUCGGGUUGGGUUUCCAUCGACACCAGCAACUCCAUGGUCAUCUGUUCGCUUUUCCCUAGCAUCGAGUUUGAGGAGCUUGCCAAGCUCUGUAAGGCUGUCAAAGACAUGGGAGAUCGCGAAAUGACCAUGACCUACGCCGAUCACGACACAACCAAAGACGACGAAGAUCAUGACACCACUAUGGACGACGUCGAUUACGACACCACCAUGGACGACGGUCUGGACGAUAUGGAGAAGGACCCACUCGGCUUUGCCCACCCCUUCUUCAACGCGGUAACGUACCCGUUCUUCAGUCUUGAUCAGAACAAGUUACGCGCGUACUCGCGGCAAUGA